CGCCUGCGCAGAGGCGGCGGCGCGGCUGGGGUGGACUCCGGGGGCGCGGCGAGGAGAGACAUGAGGCUGAGCUGGAUCCUGACAGUACUGACCAUCUGCCUGAGCGCCCUGGCUACGCCUGCGGGGGCAGAGGGCAAAAGAAAAUUGCAGAUCGGGGUCAAGAAGAGGGUGGACCACUGCCCCAUCAAAUCGAGAAAGGGUGAUGUCCUGCACAUGCACUACACGGGGAAGCUGGAAGAUGGGACGGAGUUUGACAGCAGCCUGCCCCAGAACCAGCCCUUUGUCUUCUCCCUGGGCACUGGCCAGGUCAUCAAGGGCUGGGACCAGGGGCUGCUGGGGAUGUGCGAGGGGGAAAAGCGGAAGCUGGUGAUCCCAUCAGAACUGGGGUACGGCGAGCGGGGAGCUCCCCCAAAGAUUCCAGGUGGUGCAACUUUGGUGUUCGAGGUGGAGCUGCUCAAAAUCGAGCGCCGUUCAGAACUGUAGCCAAACCGGGGAGGGGCAGUGUAGAGGCCCCCAUCAGGGACCAGACUGUUUAAAAAGAAAAAAACCUUAAAAACCCAUGGAGUGAGCCUGUGUUUGUUUGUGGGC